AUGGGGAAGCCCCCACACGUAGUCGUGUGGCCUUGCCGAUGCUGGCUCUGGCUUUGUUUCUGCUGGGCAUUUGCCGAGGAGGCAGAUGCGGCGACUUCUGAGAGUUGUGCUGCUGGCUCAUUCUUCGACGGCUCCUCCUGUCUGCCCUGUCCGGCGAACUCCUUCUCCCCCUCAGCAAAAAUGAUCCAAUGCAUGGGAGCGACUGCGUUUGCCGGUGGCUUCGCAGGUUUGUAUCUAGACGACAGCCUCUUCCUGUGUGCAACCUGUCCGACUCCCCUCUUAGCCUUUCAGUGCCCUGGAGGCAUCACGGAGGAAAACGAGUCUGUUGCUUGCAAGGUAGGGAGAAGUGAUCUCUGGCGUUGCUCUGCGGCGUGGGAGCUAACGGGCAGGCGUGGAGGGAGGGGUUCAUUGCGUCUGCUUCGCGUGGCGAUGUCGCGAUUUUCCUGGUGCCUUUCACUGCCUCGAACGCUUGCAACUGCCUCCUUGCUGCCGUCGCUGCCGCAUGGAUCUCUGCUCGCUCAGAACCUUGUCAGCCUCAGCAGCGGCUGGUGGAGACCUCUAAAUUCUUCCUGGCCUGCAGUAUACGAGCGAUGUCUCCACAGCACUGCAUGCAAAGGGCCUUGCGGAGAGUGCCUUGAAGGGCAUGCAGGGCCCCUCUGCCAAAUGUGCAAAGAGAACAUGACACGAGACUUCCUUUCGGCAACCAGCGAGUGCUCAGACUGUCCAGCAGGAUGGAAAAUCGCUCUCAUUGCACUAGGACUUAUUGCCGCGCUGUUGGUGUUUGUGGCCUUAGUUAGUUUCUGCCUGGAAUGUGAAGCGGAGGAACGCCUCAAGAUCGCCACGGAUCGUAUUUGCUUCACUCCGGCGCUGAAACAGCUUUUUAUGUAUCUAAUUAUCUGGGGGUCCUUCGGGUAUGGCUUCUUGAGUCCGCCUUCCGCAAUCCUAAGUCUCAAAAUGAAUCCAUGCAUCUCCUUCAAACUGGAAGGGAGAUGCGGGCUGUUGAAAGUCGGGGAGACUUGA